AUGACCAACUCAAACCACCCACUCGAUCCGCUUAGCACGGUUGAAAUCGAAAGUGCCACGCAAGCUACAAGACAAUUUGUAGAUGAGCUCAAUGAGGGCAUAAAGCCGCAGUCGAUCCAAUUCAACACUGUCACCUUGAUUGAGCCACCAAAGCACCUAGUACUAUCAUGGCUAGGCUAUGAGCAGACUGCGUUCCCUAUCGCACGCCAAGCUGAGGUCAUUUUCCUCGAUGGCAAGACACAGACUGCUUGGGAAGGCGUCGUUAACCUGCCUACCAACAUUGAAGGCGGCAAAGCUAUCUCUAAAGCGCAGGUUGUCAAGUGGAAAUGCUUGGACAAGGAUCAGCAGCCAUCUCUCCUAGUCGAAGAACUCAAUCAGGCGGAACAAUGGGCAAAAUCCAACGCAAAGAUUAUUGAGGCUGUGAAGCAAGUUGGCGUGGAUCCUGAAAUGCUUUUCUGUGACGGUUGGUGUAUCUCAAUCGACGAGCGUUUCCCAGGUCGCCGUUUGCAGCAGUGCCUUAUGUUCGCUAGAUCAAGACCUGGCGACUCGUUGUACGCGCAUCCGAUCGAUUUCGUCCCUGUGUUCGACAGCCACACAGGCCAACUUCUUACAAUUGACUAUCCACCACUCAACUCAGACGAAGGCGAAGCCCCUCCACCAUCAUCCGCCAAAGAUAACAGCGAAAGACCCCGCAAGUUACGGUUUCCACCUCCAUCUACCAAUCAGAACUACCUUCCUGAGCAAAUCAAGCAAGACGAUCCAACCUUUAAACCGAGGGAGGGUCUGAAGCCCAUUCAUGUCACGCAGCCCGAUGGUGUCAGCUACAGCAUCGAUGGUCGCAUUAUUAGGUGGCAAAACUGGAGCUUGCACUUGGGAUUCAAUUACCGCGAUGGGCUUGUCCUGAAUAACGUCACUUAUGACGACAAUGGCACUAUCAGACCCCUCUUCUACCGUCUUAGCAUUGCUGAGAUGGUUGUUCCAUAUGGCAUAAGCAAAUUUCCUGGUCAUCGCAAGCACGCAUUUGACACAGGCGAAUAUGGUAUUGGUGCACUCUCAAACAGCCUCUCACUUGGCUGUGACUGUCUCGGGUCUAUCAGUUAUAUGGAUGCCGAUUUCGUCAAGCGUUCAGGUGAAUCUAAGACAACCAAAUCUGCUAUCUGCAUCCACGAAGAAGAUGCUGGUAUACUUCACAAACACACCGAUUUCCGUGACUUGAAGGUCCAUGUUGCACGCAACCGUAAAUUGAUUAUCUCAAAUGUCUGCACUGUUGCCAAUUAUGAGUAUGGAUUCUAUUGGUCACUGGGAUUAGACGGCACGAUUGAAUUAGAGAUUAAGCUCACUGGUAUAGUCAACGUAACAGCAAUGGCCCCAAAUGAGCCACGGAACAAAUCAAUUGAGACGGAGGUAGCGCCUAGAAUCGCAGCACCAUUCCAUCAGCAUCUCUUUUCACUCAGAAUCGAUUCGAUGAUUGACGGACAGAGUAAUCAGGUAGUUCAAACUGACAUAGUACCAGAUGAGGAUGAUGUUGGUGGCCCUACCAACUACUAUGGCAAUGGUUUCCACACUGAGAAGAAGAUUUUCACCACAAGUAAAAACGCGAUAUCAGAUUAUGAUGCCAACAAGUCUCGUACGUGGACCAUAGAGAAUCCAAACAAGCAGCACUAUUCAUCGGGUAAUAACGUCGGAUAUAAGAUCAUGUCCGGCAACUUUGCUACGAUGUUUGCAAAGGAAGGAUCGAUGUUGUACAACCGAGCACCUUUUGCCAGACAUCAUCUACACGUGACAAAGUACCAAGAUUCGACUCUAUAUCCAUCUGGGAUGUAUGUGAAUCAAUGCGAGGGCGGUGAACAGUUUGCACUGACAGACUGGAUGGCUAAAGAUGAGAGUGUCAAGAAUGAAGACAUUGUAACCUGGGUGACAUUUGGUGCCAAUCACGUAGUCAGACCAGAGGAUUGGCCAAUUAUGCCUGUCGAAACAGUUAAGGUACACCUCAAGCCAUCCAACUACUUUGCCAGGAAUCCAGCUCUGGAUGUCCCAUCUACAAAAGAUGCCAAGUCAAGACUGGCUGAGGAGGCUGCUCAAGUCGAUGACAAGAAUUGCUGCAAUAUGUAA